UGUGCAACACGUUGGGUGGCAAAUGAUAUCAAUUUUGACACGUUUGUGGAGGAUAUCCGUGGCUGAUUUUCGGUGUCAUCAUAAGAAAAUGAGCACGUUUGUGUCUGUUAUCAAUCCAGUUACAGGAAAAACUGACUGGCGCCUGCAGAAUGACGAUUAUGACUUCCAUCAAGAAAUUGCAAGGUCGGCGUAUGCUGAUAUGUUACAUGAUACAGAAAGGAAUCAAAAGUACUAUGCUGCAUUGCGUCGGGCUGUAGGGAUCCUGCGUGGACGAGGAGAGAGGGUUCAUGUCCUUGAUAUUGGCACAGGAACAGGACUUUUGUCCAUGAUGGCCGCCACCUUAGGAGCUGACCAGGUUACUGCAUGUGAGGCCUUCUCUCCUAUGGCAGAAUGUGCCAGGAAGGGGAUCCAACAAAAUGGCUUUGCUGAUAAGAUAAAGUUGAUACCGAAACGAUCUACCGAGAUCGUGGUGGGAAAAGAUGGAGAUAUGGAUUCACGUGCAAACAUCUUGAUCACCGAGGUGUUUGAUACUGAACUGAUCGGAGAGGGAGGAAUAGGUACAUUCACACACGCCCACAGAGAACUCCUACAGAAUGACUGUAUCGUGGUGCCGUCUGUAGCUAACAUGUAUGUACAGCCUGUUAGAUCAGAUAUGGUCCGCAGAUGGCGGGACAUUCAGCCAAUCAGAAUCCAAGGAUGUGAUGACAUCGCCCCUCCAGAUGAACUGACGAAAUGUGGAGGAGCUCCAUCUUUACAUGACCUUCAAAUGGACCAGAUCCCACGAGACCAAUUUGAGACCGUCUCGGAUCCAAUCAGAGUAUUCAGGUUUGACUUCAGUGGCAAGACACCUCUACCUUUUGAAAAUCAGUCCCAGAAUGUGAUCAAGUCUCAGACAAGUGGACAGGUCGAUGGUGUGUUUAUGUGGUGGGACCUCGAGAUGGACACCCAGGGGGAGAUAAUCCUUAGCUGUGCACCUAGCUGGGCGCAUCCCAAGAUUGAAGAAUUACAGUGGAGAGAUCAUUGGAUGCAGGCAAUUUACUAUCCCAGCAUUCCUCUAGAGGUCAACAAAGGGGAAGAGGUCAAGGUCAUAAGUUACCAUGACGAGUACAGUCUCUGGUUUGAAGUUGCCAAAGGAUCAAGUGAAAAAGAAGAUUGUCAUAAAGAGGGAGGACCUGUAUGCAGCUGUGGGGCUCACAUCUGUUUCAGUAGGAGUCGAAUUGGAAUGAUGAAUGAUCCAAUCAGGAGACAGAUAUACCAGAAAGUCCUCCAACAAAAUGUCACCAGUGACACAACCUGCUUGUGUUUAGGGGAUGGAAACAUCAUGGCACUGGUGGCCGCCAGACUUGGGUGUAAACAGGUGUUUUCAGUGGAGACAAACCCCAGUACAAGAAAGGUAAUGCAGUCCUUUAUCAGGAAGAAUGGUCUGGAAGGGGUGAUCACUGUGCUAACCAAGGACCCAGAGACUCUCACACCUACAGACUUUGGAGACCGUAAGGUUGACCUUGUGGUAGGGGAGCCAUACUUUCAGAGCUCUGUGUUACCUUGGCACAACAUUUCUCAUUGGUACUCUAUAGAACAGCUAUCUAGUGUGUUGGCUGAUGAGGCAAAGAUAUUCCCUGCUGGAAUGAUGAUAAAAGCAAUGGCCGUCGAGUUUACGGACCUCUGGAAGAUACGGGCCCCAGUUGGAGUUUGUGAGGGAUUCAAUCUUCAAGUAUUUGAUGAUUUGAUAGAUCGGUCUUCAAACGUUGCCGAUGAGAAUGUAGAACCACAGCCCCUUUGGGAGUACCCCUGUACUGCUCGAAGUGGUAUAGUUGACAUUUACAACUUCCAGUAUACUUCUUCAUGGGACAAAACAGCAGUGACUAUGACAAAAACACUCAAUAUAAAAAGUGAGGGACCCUGCAAUGCUGUUGUGCUGUGGGCAGACUUUGACUUUGGCGGGAAUUGUGGUGUAAGUACUGGACCAAGAGAAACACCACAUGUAGGAAAGGAAGUUAAGUGGGACUUCUACACCCGACAGGGUGUCCAUCUUCUAAAACACCCACUGACCUCAGGGAACAUAGAGAGGGGAGAUAACUCUGUAACACAACGUGCAAUACAUGUGACAUUAAAUUUUAAACCAAAACAAGGAGAACUGGAAUUUACUUUCAAAUCAGAAAGCUGAAGUAAUAUCUAGGUGUAGCAUAUAUGUUAAAAUGUUAAAAUAUGAUUUAUAACAUCCAAUUAAUUUUGUGAAUGAAUCUUUGUUUUUAUAACACUCUUAGAAUGACAAUUAACUUGAUAUUUAACUUUUGUCUAAGAACAAAAUAUUUGUUGCAGAUGCCACCUAGCUGUAACAAAAAUUGUUAGUCCUCAAUGUGAAAACCUGAAAACCAGAUAUCACAAGUUUUGUUUCGCAGAUGAUUUAAUACCAUAUAUGUGUAUGGUAGUCCGAAUUAUUCUGACAUUUUAUCGACUUUUUUCAUAUCGGUCUGUCGUCGAUUAACAUCAGAACUCCGGCCCUCUAUAAUAUGCGGGAAAUAUGUGACCCGCGCCCGGAGGGCACUUCAAACUGAUAUUUUAGAAACAAAUCGUCACUUUCACACACAUGUCGCACAUGGAUCGAAAGAUCUAUUCUUU